AUGGAGUCAUCCUCGUCGAGUCCGGUGGUGUCGAGCCCCCCGGAGCUGGCGAUCCAGGAGUCGCGCGUGUUGAUCAUCAUGACGGGAGGCACAAUUUGCAUGCAGCCCUCACCUCAUGGUUUCAUUCCUGCGCGCGGGUUUCAAGAAAACUGCAUGGCCAGAGUGCCCUGCUUCAAUGACGGGUCUGCGCCAGACGAGAUGGAUGUGGUCACGAAUGAAGGACGGGACAUCACGGCGCACCCGAGUCUUCGCACUCCAGUCACGACAUAUGGCCGCCAGGUACGCUACACCGUCUACGAGUUUGAAGAACUCCUGGAUAGCAGCUCGAUCAAUGCGAAAGGAUGGACGGAGAUCGCACAGACCAUUUUUCAGAAUUACACCUUCUUCGACGGGUUCGUCGUGCUCCAUGGCACGGACAGUCUGGCGUACAGCUGCUCCGCGCUCAGCUUCAUGUUGCAAAAUCUGGGCAAGCCCGUCGUGUUGACGGGAUCGCAGGCGCCGAUGCUGCAACUCCAGAACGAUGCCACAGAUAAUCUGCUCGGGUCUCUGGUGGUGGCGGGCCAUUUCAUGAUUCCCGAGGUCUGUCUGUAUUUUAACAACAAGCUCUUUCGUGGAAAUCGGACGACUAAAGUGGCUGCGAGUGAUUUCAACGCCUUUGACUCGCCCAAUUGCCCCCCGCUGGCGGUCACGACAUCGAUGCGCACCAAUGUGAAGUGGGACAUGGUGCAUCGGCCCACGACCCUGGAGCAUUUUCGCAUUCAGACGAACCUCGAUACUGCCCAUGUCGCGUGCCUGCGCAUCUUCCCCGGCAUGAAGCCGGAAAUGGUCGACGCCGUGCUCAAGCUGGAAGGACUCCGGGGCCUGGUCCUCGAAACUUUCGGCGCUGGCAAUGCUCCUUCGGGACCAGAUAACGCCAUGAUUAACGUUUUGGCGGCUGCCAUUCGACGAGGGAUUGUGAUUGUCAACGUGACUCAAUGCCUUACAGGAAGUGUUAGUCCCGUGUAUGCCACCGGCAUGAGUCUUUCCCGCGCUGGCGUGGUUGCAGGUCUCGACAUGACCACCGAGGCAGCUCUGACCAAAUUGGCCUAUCUCCUUGCCUUGCCGGAUUCGACACCCGAAACGGUUGCCAAGAAGAUGUCUGUUUCUCUCCGAGGGGAGUUGACCGAGUCCUCCUUGCCUGUCUUCCGUCACCCCGAUGGUGCGCUGCCCGAGCGCGUGCAGACGCUGACGGCGAUGGGAUACGCCAUUGCCCACGGGGAUCUGGAACGGGUACAGGCCAUUCUCAAGACGGAACAUCACUGGUUACUCAACGAUGCGGAUUAUUCGGGGAACACGCCUAUCCAUCUGGCGGCGACUUCCCCAGCCAUUUCGAUACUCCACUUUCUGCUGUCGCACGGGGGCUCUGUCCACCUGCGCAAUCGCAAUGGUCGUACCCCGCUGUUCCUGGCGGCGAAUGCGGGCCUCUCGGAGCAUGUGCAAUUAUUGCGGAGGUCUGGUGCGCAUCUGCACUCUGACGAACGAACCCGGCGGCUGAGCUGCUGGCCCGCCGGCGUCCUGGAGUCUGGGGUUUGGCGGGCAUCGACCCACCGGAGAGCAACACCCACACGCACCCGUCAGCAUGACGAGACUGACCGGAAUAAACCCGCUCCGGCGGCCGGUGGACGCGGGAGCAACGAUCAGAUCUGA